AUGCAGUCACCUAGUGAAGAUCAUCUGGCAGCAGUGAUGCGUAUUUUAAGAUAUUUGAAGGGAGCCCCAAGCAAAGGAGGCAAUCUAGUUACAUGGCGUAGUAAAAAGCAGAAUGUGGUGGCACAAUCUGCACCUGAGGGCGAGUAUAGGAGUAUGGCCAAGGGAGUUUGUGAGCUUCUAUAG